AAAAUACAGCUUCCACACCUCUGAUACUCGAAACAGGAAAAAAAUGUCAUCUUCUACCUCCUUCGCUGCCCUUCUCCUCCAUGGCCACCUCCACUCCCCUUCCCCUCCGUCAAAGGCGCGACCUUUCCUAGCACCCCCCAGCAACCCAUCCCGACCCUCCGCCUCCGCCUCCGCUCGGCCAUCCCCGGCACGGCCGCCUCUCCUCGCCGCCACCGCCGCAGCUUCCGGCGGGGAGCGGGACAACCGUGUGCAGGAGCUGAGGGUGCCCGAUUCUUGGCUGACGCCUGAGGGAGCGGUGCAGGAAUCGGAGUGGCUGAGGGAGACGCUGCACAAGUGGCUGGACGACGAGUACUGCCCGGAGCCGGCGAACGUGGACAUCAGCCGCACCGCCGCGCGGUCGUACGGCGAGUCCCUGGCGGCGGGGCAGUCGGACCUCGGGGAGAUCCUGCUGAAGAUGGCCGGCGACCUCGAGGCGCUGUCGUACCGGGAGAGCUUCCACGGCGCCUUCUCCGCCGCCAACGCCGCGGUCCGCCUCAUCACGCAGAGGAUGGAGGAGGAGGAGGAGCUAUCCGGCGAUGACGAUGGCCAGUGAACUGUGCUGAUCCAAUCCAAUGCGCGCGAGAUUGUUCAUGGCUGGCUGGGCUGGCUGCUGAUCAGUUCAGGCAUGAAUGCUGUGGUUCUGAAACCAGACAGUGUACCAUUCAGUCAGCAAAGGGAAGUGGUUUCGCAAAAAAAUAAAUCAAAUGGAAAUAGUCGGGAGAAAUUAAA